AUGUUUAAACAGGAUAAUAAAAAGCAAAAUUAGAUGGUCAUAUUAGUUAUAUCAACUCAGUAUGUUUCUCUCCAGAUGGAAAUAUAUUAGCAUCUGGGAGUAAAGAUAAGUCUAUCAGUCUAUGGGAUGUUAAGAGUAAGAAAAAAAUAGCCAAAUUAAAUAGUCAUACUAAUGAUGUCUAUUCUGUCUGUUUCUCAUCAGAUGGAAAUACAUUAGCAUCUGGUAGUGGUGACAGCUCCAUCCGCCUUUGGGAUGUCAAAACAGGAUAGUAAACAACCAAAUUAGAUGGUCAUAGUGAUAAUGUUUUGUCAGUCUGCUUCUCUCCUGAUGGAAAUAUAGUAGCAUCUGGUGGUGGUAAUCUUUAUACUUUUAGGGGUGGUGAUUGUUCUAUCCGUCUUUGGGAUGUCAAAACAGGAUAAUAAAAAGCCAAAUUUGAGGGUCAUUAAUAAUCUGUCAACUCAGUUUGUUUCUUUCAUGAUGAAAAUACAUUAGCAUCUGGUAGUUCAGAUAACUCUAUCUGUCUUUGGGAUGUCAAAACAGGAGAAUAAAAAGCCAAAUUAAAUGUUCAUACUCGUUAUGUCAACUCAGUCUGUUUCUCUCCUGGUAAUAAUACAUUAGCUUCUGGAAGUAAUGAUGGAUCUAUCCGUCUUUGGGAUGUCAAAACAGGGUAAUAAAAGGCCAAAUGGGAUGGUUAUACUAUUGAUAUAUUAUCAGUCUGUUUCUCUCCUGAUGGAAAUACGUUAGCAUCUGGUAGUGGUGACAACUCCAUCCGUCUUUGGGAUGUCAAAACAGGAUAAUAAAAAGCCAAAUUAGAUGGUCAUACUAAUUAUGUCUUAUCUGUAUUUUUCUCUCCUGAUGGAAAUACAUUAGCAUCUGGUAGUGCAGAUAAGUCUAUCGGUCUUUGGGAUGUCAAAACAGGAUAAUAAAAAACCUAAUUGGAUGGUCAUACUAAUGCAAUCACGUCAGUCUGUUUCUCUCCUGAUGGAAAUACAUUAGCAUCUGGUAGUUAUGAUAAGUCUAUCCGUCUAUGGGAUGUCAAAACAGGAUAAUAAACAGCCAAAUUUGAUGGUCAUUCUAAUUAUGUCUAAUCUGUAUGUUUCUCCCCUGAUGGAAAUAUAUUAGCAUCUGGUAGUGAUGAUAAGUCUAUCUGUCUAUGGGAUGUCAAAACAAGAUAAUAAAAAACCUAAUUGAAAAAUCAUAGUCAUAAUGUUAAAUCAGUUUGUUUCUCUCCUGAUGGAACUAAAUUAGCUUCUGGAAGUGGUGAUGCAUCUAUCUGUCUUUGGGAUGUCAAAACAGGAUAAUAAAAGGCCUAAUUAGAUGGUCAUUAGUAUUAAGUCAGCUCAGUUUGUUUCUCUCCUGAUGGAAA